AUGCUUCCUGAGAGGAAGCGCUACAGCAAGGUGAACUCGGCACCGAAGCUGAAGCGUAGAAGCUGCAUGCGUGCUUGUCUUCCGUGCCCGGAGUUUGCUCUCUGUGAUGCACCGGUUCUUCGCCGUGAGAUUUUCAGUCAGGUGAUUAACUCGUACACGGAGAAUGCCGGUGUGGCCGGUCAGAACAACAAGCAGGUUGCGGCCUACGCCGAUCUGGGUGAGGGGCUCAAAGCGGCCACCAUCUACAAGCCGAAGUUCGAAGACGGAGAUCCGGAUGCUGCAAGGAAGGUAGAAAAUGGUGACCUUGUGACUGUGGAUAUGAUUGGUUACUUGACGGGUUGGAACGGCAACAUUUUCCUCCGAACUCAGGACAAAAGCGGCUUUUCAGAGAAGCCGGUGACCUUCAGAGUUGGACGCGGUGACGCGAUUCCUGGGCUGGACCGCGGAGUGGUUGGAAUGUUGAAGGGUGAAAAGCGGCGGUUGGUGAUUCCACCUGCGCUAGGGUACCCACGUCCGUGCAGUGACGAGCAGCUCGGGAAGCCUGGCGGUAUUCCAGACCCUCGCGAGUCUGCGUCAGGCUCUGGUGAGCCUUGGGAGCUGAGGAACCGCCUUCUGAAUGGUGUCCUCAACAACGCACGGGACGACACUCUCGUCAUAGAUGUCAAAAUCAACAGGAUCACCAGCUGA